AUGAAUGGAGACACUGUUUUGUCCGCAACUAUGCUUGCCUAUGAUGUAACCGAUGCAUCAAAUAUAUAUCAACUUAAUUACUAUUCUUCUGGUGCAAUCAACAUAAACAUUACUCUAGGUCUAGCGCCUUACACACCAUAUUCUAACACUGAAUCUUUAUCAGCAGAAGCAAAGGCUGGUAUAGCUGUUGGAUCAAUUGUGGGCACAGUAGCAAUCUUUAGUGCACGAUCUCUUCUUUAUCGCAAAAAGUCAAAAGAGCAUAUGCAGCCAGUAAUGGAUGAAAAGAAGGAAUUGAGCUGGAACAAUAUCGAACGCCAAUACUUUGAACUCGUCGCGCCUUCUACAACAGCAGUAGCAGAACCUCUUUAUAGGAAUUCUGCAGAUCAACAAGUGCUGUCUUCCUAUGCUAAUCCAGGCAGCACAUACAAUAUUUCUAAAUCAAUAGAGAAAUUGCAAACAUCCAAUGUAUUAGCAAUCAGUAUGACGGAGAGUUUAGCGCAGACGUUAAACGGAUCAGUUACUCACAAAGAGCAAGAUAUCUUGCAAAAGUCGAAUGUUCAGGCUACCCACAUAGAGGGAGAUUCGUCACAGACGCCUGAUGCUGUAACAAAACAACCUUAGAUUUAGAGACUAAUAGAAGAGUUGAUGGCUUACAGUAGACAAGCGUGGUGUACAUGACUAUGAGCACGCUUUUUU